AUGGGAAAUACAAGGGCGACAUGUCGCAGACAGAAGGAGAAGGAGAAGGAGAAGGAGGAUAAGGCAAGGGACAUUAAAAGAGAAACUAAGAAACUAACAUUCUUGAAGAAAUCCAUCAAGUUACUAAUCUCCAAGACUCAUAAAAGAGGUUGUGAAAUCCAAAACAAGUCCAAGAAGGUGUUGAUGGGCAUGAAUUUCGAACACACUCUGAGAAAGUCACCGGUGGAAAGUG